CCGGAAAUGGAUCCACAAAAAAAAAAAAGAAGCUGAACCGUCAAAACAUAAACAGAGCAGUCAACCUUGUGUGAACACAGCUGGCUUGUUUUAUGAUCUGCCUUUUGCCAAAAGCUUUAUGCACGCAUUCCUAAUGUCGUGUGUCUUCCGUCAGAGAAAUCCUAGCCGAGGCACUUAGCUCAACUGCUAAGUAGUGAGGUGGAGAAAAUAAAUCUGCAGUAAAGAUUAGGACUAAACUAAGAAGUACGCCUCGUCGGGCCUUCGAGUAGAGGUUCUCCCUCGGGUCGACGCAGGACAAAGGAGGCAGAAUGGCUGAGGCUGACGGCAAAUCCACUGCGCUUAACGGUUCUGAAGAAAAGGAACCUGGGGAAGAUCAACACAAGGAGGGAGAUGCCUCUGGAAGCAAAGAGGGACAAACAGAGUCUUCCUCUCUAGAUGCUACUAAAGAAACAGGAGAGCCUUCAGGAGACAAGCCUAUGCCAGAUGUGGAAGGAGAGACAGGUGCAAACAAAGAGGGAGAAGAGGAAGAAGACACAGACAGCAUGGAUGGCAGCGGCCUCUACUCCCUGACUGAGGAUGGCGAAAGAGAAAGUGAGGGAGGUAGAAGAGAGAGGGUAAAGGAUAAAGAUGGUGGGAAAAGGGCAGCUAGAAAGAGAAAUAGACCUGGCGGUGGCACCAACCACUCCUCCAGCUCAGAUGAAGAUGACGAUGAAGAUGAAGAAGAAGAACAGAAAGAUGAUGAAGACGAUGACGAGGCUAUGGAGGCGUGGCUGGGAGCAGAGCUCCGUGACCUCCGUGGUCCUAUAUGGCGAGCAGUACCCUCACUGCGCUCCAGGGAGAUUGGCAGGGACUCGCACCAGUUUGUGAGGCGUGUUUGUGGAGCCCGAGGCCUCGUGCAGAGGCUGGAGCUGCAGGGCCGCCUGGAGAGGCACACAGGCUGCGUCAACACAUUGCACUUCAACCCCUCAGGCACACGCCUGGCAUCAGGCAGCGAUGACCUGCGAGUUGUGAUCUGGGACUGGGCCAUCCGCCGUGCUGAGCUGGAGUUCGACAGCGGCCACAAGAGCAAUGUUUUUCAGGCAAAGUUCCUGCCUCACAGCGGAGACUCCACCUUGGCCAUGUGUGCUCGAGAUGGUCAGAUCAGAGUGGCUGAGCUCUCUGCCACACAGCGCUGCAAGAACACCAAGCGGGUAGCACAGCAUAAAGGGGCAGCACACAAGCUGGCCCUUGAGCCAGAUUCGCCCUGCUCCUUUCUGUCUGCUGGAGAGGACGCUGUGGUGUUUGGUAUUGACCUGCGUCUAGACCGUCCGGCAAAUAAACUGGUGGUUGUAAAGGAGGGUGAUAAAAAAGUCGGGCUUUACACCAUCUUUGUCAACCCAGCAAAGACACACCACUUUGCUGUGGGUGGGAGAGAUCAGUAUGUGAGGAUCUAUGACCAGAGGAAGAUUAAUGAGAAUGAUAACAAUGGUGUACUGAAAAAGUUCUGUCCUUCACAUUUGGUAUCCAGUGAGUCCAAAACCAACAUAACCUGCCUUGUGUACAGUCAUGAUGGUACAGAGCUCCUGGCCAGUUACAAUGACGAGGACAUCUAUCUGUUUGACUCCAACCACAGUGAUGGAGCUGACUAUCGCAGGAGAUACAAGGGACACCGCAAUAAUGCCACAGUGAAAGGUGUGAAUUUCUAUGGGCCAUGCAGUGAGUUUGUGGUUAGUGGCAGCGACUGUGGACACAUCUACCUGUGGGACAAGUAUUCUGCACGUAUCGUCCAGUUCAUGGAGGGAGACAGAGGAGGAGUGGUGAACUGUCUGGAGCCUCAUCCCCAUCUGCCUGGUAUGGCCACCAGUGGGCUGGACCACGACAUCAAACUGUGGGCCCCCACUGCUGAAAGCCCCACAGGACUCAAGGGUCUAAAGGAGGUGAUGAAAAAAAACAAGCGGGAGCGUGAUGAAGACAGCGUGCGCCACGGUGACCAGUACGACACCCAGCUGCUGUGGUUCCUGAUGAGACACAUGAGGAACAGACGGCCCCCGAGGGCUCGCCGUGAGGGUGCAGACCCAGACACAGAUGAGUCCUGGAGCUCUCCAGAUUCCUCUGAUGAAGAGGAAGGAGGUCCAGACCACGUCCAGUGCAUGUCCUCCUGAGCCACACACAUACAUAUUUAAAAACACACACACACACACACACACACACACAUAUAUACACAUACAUAUUUACACACUUUAUUGCCCUUGAAUUGAUGCACAUAGGCAAGCACUAUUGACACACUGGCACACUCAAACACUGACGAGCCACAGACUUGGGGUGUUUUUUUUUUUUUGUUUGUUUGUUUUUUUUCCAAACACACAUACAAUCUCACACAGACAAAUGCGUACAUUUACUUAAAUAUGCUGUUGAAGCAGAGUGACAGAGAUGUGUUAACGCCUGGUUUCCCAGCAGUUACAAGUGUGCACAUGGCGACUACAGACUGCAUACACACUUCCAGAAUCUUUUUUUUUUUUUUCUUUGAGAAUCGUACAAAAAGGUUUAUUAAGUGCUCACAUCCCUAUAAACCACUUGGAGGCCCAUGCUUGUCCAUACAUUAUCUAUAUGCUCAGAACUGUGUACUGUGCGUGUAUGGCAACAAGCACCUCCAAUUUUUAGGCACCCUGUAGUAAGCUACACAUCACCAGCACACAAUCUCCCCCUCUCUUAGUAAUACACCUCUUGCUCUUGUGCUUUCUGUGCUGAUGAAGAGGGGUUCAGCAGGGAGGAAGGGCGUAGACUCAAACUCUCAAACCAUCCCCUAAAUGUGACUUCCUUUUAACAUUUGAACUUUGGAGAGGGGAACCCCGGCACCCCUCGCUGCAUCGCCCCAGCCUCACACUGUUUUCUGGCCCUGAGCUUGAGCAGUUAGUUGCAUUUCUCCCACAUUUUGCUCCUGGAGGACUACUAAAAUCUCUACAUGCUGCACCACCUUACAUGCUGCCCUCAGCUACUCCCUCGCCUCCUCUUUCCAUCACCCUCCCCCCUCACUACUGAGUGCACUUUGAAUCAGGGAUGCUUUAGUUUGAGACACAGACAAAACGUGCACUGAGUGAGUGAUUUUUUGGAUGGAAGAGAUGUUGUUUUGUCUUGUAUCUCAUUGGAAAAUCCACAGUGAAGUUCACUUUAUUUCUCUUGUUUUUUUGUUUUUGUUUUUUUUGAGUGAGGGGAGGGUAUUUUGCACUUUUUUUUCUUGACUGAGGAAGAGGAGGUUUCCUUUUGCUUCCACCAGCCUUUCCUCCUCCUCCUUCCUCUUCUCCCCACCCCCCUUCACUCUCCAUCCUGACACCCAUCUUUGACAGGACGUCUUCACCUCUCUCAGUGAACAUGAAAGUGGAGAAGUAGAUGGUGUUCAGCAUGUGCAUAGGAAAUAAGGACUGAUUUUGGGCCCUGUUGGGGAACCGUGUAAUUUUAAGCCAGAACCGACCUGGAUCAGUCGCAAUUGAAACACUGCCUAUGAGCCAGAUGAGACUGGAGUAAUAAAGGACUCCACUUCUUCAUGCGGUUCUUUUAAAAAUCCUUCUGUGAUGCUAAACAUCUCGAAUCAAUUGCUGAGUGACACUUUUCAGACUAACAUUUGAACCAGGCCGUUGUUUGCUGCCAGCACACCACUUGUGAGAAAACCUGUGUCUGUGCUGUAUUAACAUUGGCUCAAAGAGGAGGACAGGGGGUCGGCAGGGUCAAUAUGCUUGCCAGUCAUUUGUUGUGUGAGAGCGAUAAAGUCCAGCUUUUCUCAUUUUCUAUGAGAACUCUAGUUAGUUGAAUUUAUAUGUACAUAUAUAAAUAUAUAUUAAAACUGUAAAAAAAAACAAAAAAAAAAAACAACUUUAGCAAAUGCUGUUUGACUUCAAAAAAAGAAAAAAAAAGAUGUCGAAACAUUUGAUUGGUAUUGAUGCAGAGGUUUAUAUUCUAUAUGAGGACAAAGUACUUUUAAAUUCCAGAGAAAACAAAAGACUUGAGGCACCAUUUUUCCUUUUAUGAAUGACAGCCCUCUGUUAUGAACAGAAUCGGUGUCAUUUCAAGUAUUAAAGUUUUGACUCUCUUUGUUGUUCAAAAGAAAAAAACAGUAUUUCCUUUCUAUAUCUUAAUCCAUCAUUUGAGACAGUUAUAUUCAGAAUUUUCCCACUGGCUAUUUUUUGGCAUCUUGUAUACAUAAUAAGGCUUUUGAUGGACAGUUUUUUUCCACCACUGCCUAAUAUUGCAUUCUACCAGUUCAGUUGGAAAUAUGUACGAUUCGUGCAAUAAACAAAAAGACAGUGCUCUUGA